AUGAUGAUGGCUGUAUCGUAUCAAGUUCAUAUAGAAGUCGGCAAGAAAGUAUUCUUGUAUUGUAUGCAGAAUACCGAAAAACGAAAAGCCAAGAUCGAAUGGUUUAGAGAAGAAAUGGUCAUGAUGUCUGUCGUUCUACCAGGCCAGAACCAAGGCUUCCAAGAACUUCUUUUGAUAGAUCUGGUCUGGUUUUCGCACUGCCACAUAUUCACCUUUCAUGCUGUAGGUCAGAAUGACGAUGUAUAUGGAGCAGUCAGGAAAACAGAAGCGGCAGAACGUGUGGUCAGCAAGCCUAAAUCCGUGCUGUUGACGUCUACACUUCCGGAAACGGAAGAACCCAUCCGCCGACCACUGCAUCGGCUCGCCGUAUUUUCUCCAUUCAUAAUGCAUGCACUCAUGCAUCCUUCAGGGAAGAUACGACAAACAGCCCUGCAACCCCAAAAGCAGCGACACCCAGGUCAAACCAGCACUAACACAUGGGAAUCUUGUCGCCGCGCUACUAAUACCAUAGCCCGACGGUCUUCCGAGGCUCAAAACGCCUGUCUCGUUAUCCACCCGUUCAUAUACCCAUUCACAAACGCCGCCAGCCACCAUACGGGAUUUUCUUCCUGGGGGCUCUUUGAAAAUCGAGGCAAAAGGACCCAAACAUGUCUCCUUCAUAGCGCCAACCAAAACGCUUCAGUUUCGGAAACGAAGACUGACAUAAAGCCAUUAACCAUCAAGCCAUCGAAAAAGAAGGAGAAGUUCAAGAAGAGGAAAGGAGAAUCGAACGAAGGACAUCAUAGAAUUAUAUAA